UUCAGUUGUAAAUGUAUUAUGUAGUUUAGGUCUAAUUCACAAUAUGGUUCAGUAUGUAUAUACAUGCUGAAUUGCCUUAUAUAAUGUAUACGAGCCAAAGGGACCCAUGAGAAUGGCAGAAUCUCAGAUAAAUAUUCCUGAUGGACUUGUCACAAUGCUGGAGGGCUUGGCGAGAUCUGUAUUAAAGAAGAGGCCUCAAGACAUACCAUUGUUUGCCCUGUAUUACUUUGGCAAACUUAAAGAAUUCAGGGAGGGACACCCUAAUUUACACAUUAAGAAGCUUGUCAAGGAAUUCCAUAAUGGUGCAGCUGGAACUCUAUCUGUGGUUGGCCUCAAAGAAGAAUUGCAAAGGAUGGAAUAUCUUAAGCCAAUGUCAGUCAAAUCUGACCAUGCAACAGAGUCUGUAAGGAUCCCUUGCCAUGUAAAGAUCACAAUAAUUCCUGAUGAACUUUUGUCUCAAGAAAAUGUAAGUCAAGACAUAUGUGACCGAGGUGCUUUUUCAUCUGCCAUUAUACAGCCAGUGUACCAAGAAUCUUUGUCCACUGCAGUGUCUUGUAGGCCUACUGAAUCAAUAUCUGAAACAAAUAAUUUACCACUGCUGCCAGUAAGUACACAUACCACAAAGUUGUCAACCUGUGUUGAUAACAAUGAUGUGACCACAUGUGAUGUGCCAAGAACUGAAACAAAGACAAGACUUGCACAGCCCAAAGCGACCACAGCCACAGGAGUGUCUGUCUGUUCAGCACGAUGCCAGACUUUGGUUUCCCAGAAUAACCAGCAAGCCACCACUGGGAUUGCUGGCAGUCGGGAUACACAGGACUCCUCAUCUUAUAAAGCAUCACAGGCGAUUCAUAACACCUUAUUAACAGCCAGACAAGAAGACCCUGUUGUCAGUCUACUGCCCAAGACUGCACAGACUGAAUGUGAGCUUCAGCCCAGUAAUACAAGAGAGCAACUUUCAUCAUGCAUGUGUGGCAGUGGUGGUGCUUGCAAUCAUCCAGCUCAUCCUCAGUAUCCCUGCACUCCUUGGAACCCCAGCUUCUUUGACAGAUGUGUUUACCCUUUGUAUAACCAGCCAUUGUAUUAUCCAUACUACCCCCACCAUCCUGCAUAUGGCCAGCCAUUGUAUUACCCCCUUUACUACCCCUACCAUCAUGAACAUGCCUGUUGCAGCUGUAGCUCAUACAGAUGUAAUAGCAGUGCUCAAAAACCUGAUCAAAGGAAUUUCUACGCUCACAGGGAUUACCCCCCACCCAUGCCAUUGUACCAGCCCUGCUCACUGCCCUCAAACCACUGUACAUGCAGCCCCCACCUCCCAGGAGGUCAAAUGGCUGUGCCCCCUUGUUUGACAAUGAAACCCCAGCAAAACACACAGAUGAAAUCCACACAGGCACCACCCGGGAUAUCACCUAGGCAAGUUCAACCGGAGAUUGGUCAUCCAAGUAUGCAUCCACCACACGGAUACUUACCACCAUUUGCUUUCAUGGGACAGCAUCCCCCUGCAGCCACGCCUCACAACUUCCAGAGCCCUGCUUACCCUGCUGUGCCCUUGCCUGGGGAAGAGAUGGAUGAUCAGAAUGCAGCAAGACAGUGUCCAUACAGUGCCCAGCACCACAGGGGUGACUCACUCUGUCAUAUUGAUUCAAAUUACUGAUGUUAUUUGUGUCCUGAAAUGGGAAAUUGCAUGACACAGAACAGAAAUGUGUCUGUCUCUUUUGAUAAAAUGAUAAAAACAAC